CCGCCGCCGCUGCUCGCCUGUGGGAAGGAAGGAAAGCGCCUGGCUGCGCGUGUUGCCCAAAGUCUCUCGCUUGCCAGAGAGAAGCGGCCCCAGUCGGUCGGGGAGACGCGCGCGGCUGCCGGCCCACCUGCCCGCCCCCAUGCGCUCGAAGAACUGAGACUGCGCUCGCCCGCCGAGAGGGGCCUCUGGCCGGCUGGUCGGUCGACUCUCGCCCCAGAAGCCGCGCCGAGAGUUCCCUUGCCCGCCCGCCUGGGGUGGAGGAAAAAGUGACUUUGCCUGAACUUCGUAGGAAAAGGCUGGAGCCCGCCGGAGACCCAAGCCCACCUUUCUUCUCCGUUGCUGGGGCUUAACAAUAUGAAGGAGCAGCACUCAUGUGUGGGCACUGGGCUUCCCCCCAUGGCUGGGUACGGCAGGAUGGACCCGCUCGAGCUUGCUGUUAGCCCCGUGAAACGCUUGCGAACUGAGCACUCCUUUCCCUAUCUCUUCGCAGAGGAGGCCUACCAAAAACUGGCCAGCGAGACCCUGGAGGAACUGGACUGGUGCUUGGACCAGCUGGAAACCUUGCAGACCAGGCACUCCGUCAGCGAAAUGGCCUCGAACAAGUUUAAAAGAAUGCUCAAUCGAGAGCUAACCCACUUAUCUGAAAUGAGCCGAUCGGGCAAUCAGGUCUCUGAAUAUAUAUCCAACACAUUUUUAGACAAACAACAUGAAGUGGAAAUCCCAUCCCCAACACAGAAAGACAAAGAAAAGAAGAAACGGCCUAUGUCUCAGAUUAGUGGAGUGAAAAAACUGAUGCACAGCUCCAGUUUGACCAAUUCUAGCAUCCCAAAAUUCGGAGUCAAAACUGACCAAGAAGAGAUUCUGGCCAAGGAACUAGAAGAUGUAAACAAAUGGGGCCUCCAAGUAUUUAAAAUAGCUGAAUUAUCUGGGAACCGACCUUUAACAGUCAUCAUGUAUACCAUUUUCCAGGAACGCGAUUUGCUGAAAACAUUUAAAAUUCCACCAGACAUGUUAAUAACAUACUUGAUGACACUGGAGGACCAUUACCAUGCAGAUGUGGCAUAUCACAACAACAUACAUGCUGCUGACGUUGUACAGUCUACACAUGUGCUACUGUCAACCCCUGCUUUGGAGGCGGUGUUCACAGACCUGGAAAUUCUGGCUGCUAUUUUUGCCAGUGCAAUACAUGAUGUUGAUCACCCUGGGGUUUCAAACCAAUUUCUUAUAAACACAAACUCUGAACUCGCCUUGAUGUACAAUGAUUCAUCAGUCUUGGAAAACCAUCAUUUAGCUGUGGGCUUCAAAUUACUGCAGGAGGAGAACUGUGACAUUUUCCAGAAUUUGACAAAAAAGCAGAGGCAAUCAUUGAGAAAGAUGGUCAUUGACAUUGUGCUUGCAACAGAUAUGUCUAAGCAUAUGAAUCUGUUAGCUGAUUUGAAAACGAUGGUCGAAACCAAGAAGGUGACUAGCUCCGGAGUUCUGCUUCUGGAUAAUUAUUCAGACAGGAUUCAGGUUCUACAAAAUAUGGUACACUGUGCAGAUCUAAGUAACCCAACAAAGCCACUCCACUUGUAUCGCCAGUGGACAGAUAGAAUAAUGGAAGAGUUCUUUCGUCAGGGAGAUCGAGAAAGAGAGAGGGGCAUGGAGAUAAGUCCCAUGUGUGAUAAGCACAAUGCAUCAGUAGAAAAAUCACAGGUGGGGUUUAUAGACUACAUAGUUCACCCUCUGUGGGAGACGUGGGCAGACCUUGUACAUCCAGAUGCCCAGGAUAUCUUAGACACAUUGGAGGACAAUCGUGAAUGGUACCAGAGCACAAUCCCUCAGAGUCCAUCUCCUGCCCCAGAUGACCAAGAGGAGGGAAGACAGGGCCAAACAGACAAAUUUCAGUUUGAGCUAACACUAGAGGAAGAUGGUGAAUCGGACACAGAAAAGGACAGUGGCAGUCAGGUGGAAGAAGAUACGAGCUGCAGUGACUCCAAGACGCUUUGCACUCAGGACUCAGAAUCCACCGAAAUUCCACUUGAUGAACAAGUGGGAGAGGAAGCCGUGGAGGAGGAAGAGGAUGGGGAGAGCACAGCAGAACCUUGUGCUGCAGAAGAACAUUCACCUGACACGUAACAGUGCGAUCAUCCCACAGCUCUCUCUGUCCUUCUCUCUCUCUUUCUUGCUUUAAAAAAAAUGGAAGAAAAUGGUUUCCCAAGUGCAUGUCACACGGCACAACCAUGGUCACGACUCACUGUCAUCUGCCGGAGAUGUGUGUUGAUCAAAAACUGACUUGAUUACUCAGUUUGGCACUCAGGAAUAUUGUAGCCAGAAUUGUUCAUCUCCAUGGCAUCAGAGAGCAAAGGAAAACACCUGCAAAUAACAGCUUAAUAAGAGUUCAGCUUGGCAGAGAAGAUCAGCGGGUGUGUCUACACCAAAAUAUUUUCAAAAGGAGUAAAGUCUGGUCCACAGCUCAUGUGUGUGUGUGUGUGUGUGUGUGUGUGUGUGUGUGUGUGUGUUUGUAUUGGAUUUUAAUUUUCAUGAAAGGAAAUUCGUAGCAUAUUUCAACAGAAUCUGAAGAAAGUGGCUAGCAGGUGAACCAGAAUCUGAAGUGGCCAGAGAGUUUCUAGUGGAAAAUAAGUGCACUCAAAUCAUGGGACACAACUGACUCUGUUAUCAGUAGGAAGAUGAAGCUGUGGAAAUCACAUACUUUUCUAAUUUCAAGUCUUCCUGACACAUGACUGAAAAAAAAAAGUGUGGCUCAGUGGGUUGCACUGACAGCUGCAUUUUGUAUAAUAUGUACAACAGAAAUCUUUUGUAGUUUACUUUUAUUAUUAAAUGUACUGAGGUAUUAUAUUUAAAAGAAUGCAACACCAUCAGAAUUUCAUCUGCCACUGGUUCUCACCCCCCCCUCCCCAUCCCAAGUAACUUGCAAGUUUUCAGUACAAAUAUAUGCUACACUGGAUAAAUUGAAUUUUGUAUUUGUUUGCACUUAGAUUUUCAUAGCAAUUCAUUCAGCUCUUAUGUUCGUUUUCUAGUCCAAUUCAAUCUAUAAAAUGUUCUUUUUAGUGCCCCCUCCCCCAGUCCUUUGGUGUUGCAGAAACUAAUUUAUUGGCAUUAAUUUCUGGCUUUUCUUUUUUUUAUUGUAAUAUCCUAAGAGCAGCAAUACAUCAUCUGUAAUGAGCUCAUUGUCUUCAGACAUGGCUUAGUCCUGCAGAUCUAAUCUUUACUUCUCUCAGUUUAACAUGCUCAACCAAAAAAAGAAGGAAGGAAGGAAAAAAAGAAGUCGAAAUCUAGUGAUCACCAGACUAGCAGUGCUUUAGAAUGUGAGUUGCAACCAAAUGGUGGGUGACAUCACAAAGCUCCCUCCAAGUAAACACAAAGAAGUCCAGAAGGUGUUAAUAUGGUGACAAAUAAUAGUGGCAGCAGAUAGGACCUUGAGAAAGCUCUGAACAUUGGGAACUCCCGAGAAGAAAAUCUGGGUGACCGGACAGCAUGACUAUAACUUUCUGGUUAUACAUACAAAUCUUUUUUUGUUUGCUAAUUAAAUUAUUCCCAUUCCACUAGGCUGUUACUAGUUGUGCAUGUAACAGCAUUUAUAACCUGCCUCAAAUACAUGUUGUGCCAGAAAACACAUACUGAGCAUUGAGGUAUACGGAUUGUUUGGACAACAGAGCAUACACGCUAUAUUUGUGCAAAAACCAAACAAAGACAAAAGUAUGUAUUCCUAGCCGAAUUUUUCUUGUGUGGAAAACAUUCCGGUCCAUUCAGCCCAUCUCCUAGCUCUGUUUUGUUCUUGCUGCAUAAUUGUAUGUAUUUUUACUCUGAAGUAAGUUCCACUGAUUUCCAUAGGAGUUAGCCCUUGGUAAAUGUGCAUAGAAUUAAAGCAUAAUACAUUUCAGUAAGGACUGGAGAUAAUUGCUUUAAAAAGCUUUUUAAAACCAGACUUGUGACUUCUUAGUUUGAUUGCUCCAAGAUCUAUUGCAUGAUUAAAAAAAAAAAAAACAGACAUCUGCCAGCAUGUUAUGGAAGCAUGCAUUUUUUUUUGUCUUAUCAGCAAAUUUGGAUUUAUUUUCUAAGCAAGAGUUUGUUCCCUAGUCAUUAAGUUGCCGUGAUGAGAAGUCAUGUCUAGGGUAAAGGGAUGUAGACUACAUUGUCCUAUAAAACCACCAUUAAAAAAAGCAUUUGCAGGACAAAAUACAGACACUACAGAACCAUAAUUAAGGCUUACAGCUUCAAUGGAUGUUGAACUUAUCUGGAUUGUGGUAUUAGCAAAAAAAUUAGUACAGUGGGGGAAUGUGCAUACAUACUGACAUAGUGAUCAGAAAGCAGCUCUAUGGCCAUGUUAAAUUAUAUGAGGCAUCCUCACUUUUCCUGUGCCAUGGGCAAAUGCAUGGUUUUGAGUGGAAUCGUUGUCUGCUGUCCUAUAAGCAUAGGGUAUUUUCAGAAGCUUGGAAAAAAAUGUUUUUUUUCAUACUAUAAGAACCUGAAACCCCACCCCCAUAUACACACCCGCAUGGCCAGUAGUCAUAUUGGGAGUUACACUCCAAAAACUAUUCCCAUCCGCACAGACCUUCCAUAUUCAGUGAGUAUUCCUAAUGUACAUUGAACAGCUAUUCUCUAUAUGGAAGGUCCUUGUAUGGUUACAAUAAUCCCAGAACUGGAGCACCAUUGUCACAUGAGGCUUUAAUGAUAAGGCCACAAUGAAAACCAAAAUUGGGUCAGAUCACAAUGAAAUCCCCCAUGCUUCAGUUCCAUUGAUACAACUAACUUGUGGCAUUGAUUUCAGUGGCACUGCAACCUAAUCCAUUUAGUCUGGAUCUAAGCUACUGUAUGGUUCCAAGCCAUUGUACUUAGUUAGCAGAACCAAGGAAUGCUUUGGGACAUAGUUGUGUAUCAGAUUUUAAAUGGAAGUACUGUCUAAGGGUAUUUCUUAAAGUGCAAUUUUCAUGUGUUCAGUCUACCUUUUAGCUCCUAAUGGCUUUUAUUGAGGGAGGGGGAACUAGUUGGGAAAGUGAAUGGAAGAAUCUUUCCAUGUUCUUGUGAGAAUAGGCUCAUGUCCUCCCAUUCAUUAUUUCAACAUUUGUCCAGACCCCCAGAGUGCCUGGAAUCUUAAUGAAUAAAAAGCAAUAUCAGUUCCAAAAAUCAAUACGGACCUGGAAGGGUAUUUACUUACCUGCAUUGCAAGUUUCAUCCUGUGAUGGAGAUGCCCUCUACCCUGAACCAGCAAGCGGCUUAUAUUUUGUGGGAACUCUUGAUUCUGUGAGGAUACAGCAGUAGAAGCAUGAAUUCAGUCCUGUGAACAACUUCUGUUUUUAAUGGGAAUUCCCAGACACUUAAUUUCCAGAAGGUAUCGUGCAUUGCUGGAACUCAUUAGGGUGCUCCAUUUCAGAUUAAACCCUUGUGGAAAAUGCAGAUGUGUAGGUAAUGCAACCAUAUUGUGUUUAAAAUGCCCAUACACAUGGACAAUCAAAUGGUAGAAGACAUAAUAAUUUUAGAGCCAGGGAUAGAAUGCACUGUACAAUCUUUUUUUGGUUUCCCUUUUGCCAAAGUGUGCAGCCGCAUUUAACGCUUCUUUAAAAAAACAAUACUGUUGGAAAGUGGCUUCACACGUUUUCUGUGUUUCUGCCAUAAGAAAAAGGCAAUGAAUUGGCUUUGGUGCAGAGAGGAAGGGAAAGAAGAGAGGAAGAGGAACCUAAAUUUGCAUCUACACUUCAGCUUGCAAGUUACUGUUUCUUCUUAGUAAUGCUGUGUUUCUUUCCUCUUAAAUUCUGGCUUUAUGUCAUUGUAAAAAAAAAAAUACGAUCAGACAAUAUAGGUAGAACAAAUCACAUCCAAGCUUUUUUUAAAAACAUACAUUGAAAAUGGAAUGAAUUUUAACAGAAAACUUUGGCAGUUCUUUUUAAAUGCAUUUAUUUAUUUUUUUAUUCGUGCCAUGCAUAUUUUUCUCACCAAAUGACCUUACUUGUAAUAAGUCUUGUUUGUCUCUGUUUACAACCAUGUAUUUAUUGUAAUGUAUAUAUUGUAAUGUUACUUGUAAAUUAUAAGUUCUUAUUAUAACAUCAUCCUUGACAGGGUGGUGGUGUUAUAUUUGGAAACUCUUGGUGAGAGAAUUAAUAUUGUGUAUACAUACUCCUCUUGUACAUUUCCCUCUCUGUAAUAUAUCCUAUAUCACCUUAGAGCUUGUUUAUGGAAAAGUUGAGAAAAAUAUGAUAUAUAAAUUAAAACUGCAGGUCUUUGGUCCCAGGGCUGUGCCUUAACUUUAAACAAUAUUUUCUUCUGUUUUGCUGCAUUUGAAAGAUAGGUCGUUGUGAAAUAUGGGCUGGGCAUAUCUCUACGGCCCUUUUUGUGUGUGUGUCUAUGGUUUUUUUUAAUGGGACUCUUGGUCUUGGCCUCAUGUAUAGGAUGCCCCUUUUUCCAUCAAGAUUUUUCCAGGACCCUACUGCAACCCAAAUGCUAACAUAUAUGCAUAUAAAUUACCACCAGCCUGACAAAGGACAUUCCCCCUUUUAAAAUGUAUCUUAAUCUCCCCCUUUCUUAAAAGCAGAGGGGGAAAAAGCAAAGAAAAAAUCUCACAGCUACCAUUUAAUAAAUAUGAGAACUAGUUUUCUGCUCCAGUUCCUUUGAAAAAAAGGUGUUCUUUCAUGUUGGUCUCAAGGCAGCUUAUGCCCAUUAUUAUUAGGAUAGUAACUCUCCCAAUUAGGCCUAUGUUUAUAUUAUACAGUAAAGCACAACUACCCCCCCCACACUAAUAUUAAGUGUUUUGAGCAGCCAAAGCUUGCUUCUAUAUAAAUGGAUCUGUGGAUGUGUGUGUAGCAGAGAUGUAGAGACUGACUGUAUCCCGUUAGAACUUUUAAACACUUAUAUGGGGUUUUUUUUGGAAAAAAAAUUUGCAUUGUCCUAAAAGUGUCUUGCUGCUAUUGUGGAUCACGUAGUUUUGUAGUAACAAAUAGCUUGUCACCAUUCCAUUAAUGCCCAGCCCUUGUAGCAUGUGACUGUUCAGUUGAAAGGAGAGGAUCUUUUUUAAGGAAAAAAACAGAGCCUCCUUCUUGACACAUACUGUAGAUUUUAGCAGCCCUGGCCCAAAGGAAUAUGAUUGCUUUUGUUUUAAACAGUAUAAAAGGGAUACUAUGACAACAGAAUUACUGAACAAUAUUUUUUGUUUUGUUUUCAGUUUGGUUUUGUUUCCUCUGGGUAUGUCUUUAGAGUGGCUAAUUGUGUGAACAUUGCAAAUAAUUCAAUGGUUUAUUAGCCUCUCUUACAGCCUAUGGGAUAGUACUGUACGUCAAAUACCUUCAUAUGAACUUUUUAUAUGCAAUGAUAAUAAAAGCAUGGGUUGAUUCUGCCUAGAUACUGUACUUGACCAUCUUUUGCAAAUAAAUUUAUCUUACACUAUUAA